ACCAGAGAAGAUGACAAAAAUCAGGAUGGCAAGAUGGAUCAGCUGUAUUUCAAGUUGGAACUUCCACUACAACCUACAGAGCACGUAGUUGGUGUUCAGCUGAUGCUACUCUUUUCCUACCAGCUUUAUAGAAUGUCAACACUUGUGAUGCAGAGCAUGGCUUUUCUUCAGUUUUUUUCUCCUGUGCCAGGGUCUCAGCUCCAUGUGAACGGAGACCUGAAACUGAACCAGAGACAGUUACUUAACCACUGUGGACUGGAUACCAGAUACAAUGUGUCUGUGGUCAAUGGCACGAGUCCUUUUGCGAGUGACUAUGAUUUAACAAACAUCAUUGCAGCAUAUUCGGAGAGGAACGUGACAACAGUCUUUUCAGAUCCCAGCCCUGUUUGGGUGACUGGAAGAGCAACAGAUACACCGUUUGUCAUUAGUGCCACUAUUCAUUACCCAGUGGAAAUUAUUAAAUAUCAGCCAGGAUUUUGGGAAAUGAUUAAGUUUGCCUGGAUCCAGUAUGUCAGCAUUCUCCUUAUCUUUCUUUGGGUGUUUGGUAGGAUUAAAAUGUUUGUCUUCCAGAAUCAGGUGCUGACUACAAUUCCAAUAUCACCAGUUCUGCCAGUGUCUCCUGUGCUGUCCUACAAACACCACCAGUCCUGA